AUGAACCGGUUUCAAAACGUUCAUGAAUUUGGAACAACGCGUCGGGUGCUUCGCUGCUCGCGGCGGAAGGACUGCGCUCAGGCGCUGUGUGCUCGUGGCGUGCAAAUAACACCAUACUCACAGAAAAUUGCACCCUCUCGCCGUCGCAUUAAGGUUUCUUUUACCUUCCAGCUGCUCCAGCUCUUCGUAGCAACUAACUUUGUACUGAAGAGCACAGGAGUAAAACUCAAAACGGAUCGGCGCCGCGCCCUCGCACUAUUUUAUGACGUGUUUGCUCAGCACACUGAUCCAGCGAUAACCACACCGGGCCCUACAUCUUGUGAUAACGUCUGUAUUAUUAAAAAUAUUUAUCGCAGGCACUCUGGCGCGGCUACAGCGAAGUGGGGAAACCGAUUCGUCUAUGUCAACCACUCCUAA